GCACGCGACUAAUCUGCAGAUCGAGAACCUCGAAGUACUCGCGUGGCAGUUCAGUCGGUGCGAGCGGCACGCCUUCACACAGCAGCGAGUCAGAGGGCAGUGAAGGGCGGCAGAUGUCAACGUUGUAUUGAACUAAAACCGUGAUCUUGGGCAGCCUUCCUAACGCCUUAUCUUCAGGUGACAUCUCUACCAAGUUCCAAUUUGAGCUUCCAUUCCUGUGAUAUCCUUUUGUUUGACCUCAAGGCUUGUUUAGUGGUGGAGACUGAUCAUUUACAGUACUUCAGCCCCUUCAUAGACUGGGUGGCAAAUGACCAGCUGGUUACAGAGUGCUGAGGGUUGGCUCGAUCUUCUCAUGUGUGAUAAGAAGCAGUGGUUUGCUCGUUUCUUAAUAUUUGGUUUUCUUUUACUGUCUGUGGGACUCUUGGUCACAGUUAUUGGCUUCUGGUUCCCGCCUUGUGACACACAGGCAAGUGGUGAGCAGUCUGGUGAUGGCACCAGUCCUGAGUCUGAAAACAAAACCUGCAACUUCUUGGCCUUGCAGAUACUUGGCCCUUUAGUGUCUGCGGUAGGAAUAGCCCUGUUGGCUACAGGUUGCAUUCGCAGAAAGCAGAAUUUGAUUGGAUCACAAGAGGAAGCACCUUUGCCUGCUGAACAGCCAGACUCCUUGGAGCCCUGUCAGAUCACAAUAGGUGACUCUGUAGUUAUUUUUCCACCUCCACCCCCAGCGUACUUUCCUGAUGCGCCACCCUUAAGGAAUGUUGGUGGCAGUGCCCGAUCUACAUAUAGCAGCCCACCAUCUUAUUACAGUACUUUCAAUCAAAGGCUUCAAGUUGCUGUGUCUGAAGGGCGAAGAUGUGCUUAUUCCCCAGGUGAAGGCUCCAUUUUCACUAUUACUAUACCAAGUAUAUCCAUGGAUAGUGUGUGUCACUUCAAUGACUUUUAUGAGCCCCCACCAGCUUAUGAAAAGAAUGAUCUGGAUCAAAUAACUUCCAUCUCAUAACACUUUUCUGUCAUUUUUUUAGUAGUGUGUUAUGUAUAUCGUUGUUUUUAAUAUUUUUAUAAUGUUGUGUGGCUCUGCCUUUUCUAUAAUUACAGAAAGCAUCUGCACUUGAACUACUGUACAGUGUUUCAAAAUAAAGAUCCUAUUUAUAGAAAAAAA